AUGCUCAAGUCACACGUCAGAAAGGAUAUUAAGACGCUUUCUCAAUCGGUGCGUGAUAAUCUGAUUCGAGCUUUCGACUACAUCGGCAAGCUCAGCCCGGAAGAUCCCAACUCAUUCUUCGCUCUCGCCAGCUACCAUGGCUUCCCUGGACCUGAGGGAAACUCGCAGAAGAUGUACUGCCCUCAUGGGAAUACAUCUGAGAGCUCUCUGAAAGGUGGACUUCCGUCCAUUUUCACAGACAAGAGCUACACCUUUGCAACCGGUGACACCAUCAACAACCCGUUGUACUCCUACACCAUGCAGAAGGCCGUGGAUGGCCUUAAGUUCAGCAGCAACGCCACACACUCGAAGCCUGUUGGUUACACCACUGUUCGUUAUCCUUACUCCGGAAGGGUGGCUUCUAGGGAGGUUGCGGAGGUCAAAUCCCGCAACAGUAGCCUCGAAGCGCUGCCUCAUAAGACGAUCACCGGAGCUUUGGAUGAGAACAUCAGGAAGUGGCUCGCACCUGGGUCUUUUCCUGGCGUGGCAAAGAACUACCACCGAUCCCUGGACGCACCGAGUUACACGGUGUUCUCCAACAUAGCUUCCGCCCAGGAAUGGAAUACGAUGAAUGCGGGAAAUUCCCAAGUCCCCACUGUUGUCCCACUUGAAUUGCCUCACAACUCUAUGCAUCUGGCUAUUGGUGGCUUCCAAGUCCCAGCCUUCGACCCUGUCUUCUACUUCCACCAUUGCUUCGUUGACUACAUGUUCUGGACGUGGCAGGACCAGCACGACCAGAAGGAUAAUCUUGACAUUACCCCCAGCAUGCAGGGUAGUAAGGGGGCUGACAACGACACGCCACUUGAACCAUUCACCAUGACAGAUCCCAUUACGGGAACCGAGCGAUGGAUGACCUCGAAGGAUGUAAUCGACACUGUCAAGCUUGGCUACGACUACACAAAGCCCCAGUGGCAAAAGGCUAAUGCAGCCAUUCGGGAAGCCGACGCGGUCAACGCCCCGAAGCUGACUGUAAGCGGAAUCAAUCGGUCGAAGAUUCGUGGAUCCUUCAUCGUCUCAACAUGGGUGAAAGGACAGAAUGGGGAGCCUGAGAAGGUUAUUGACAUCAAGCCGGUUCUGAGCCGAUGGGAAGUGGACAGCUGCGAGAACUGCCAGAACUAUUUGGAUGUGAGAUCUCACACACAGUUGACCAACUUCACCGAGGAAGAGAUCGAAGGCAUGGACUUCUUCGCUCUGGUGCAUACGAGAGAGCACCCCGAUGGCAUCGACACAAUCGAUGGGCGACCUAUUGAGGUCGAACUGGGUGCGCUGAGGGGUUGA